GUGCAGUGCAGUUUAAUAAAGCAGGAGCAACGGUGUUGUGUGGAGCUUGGAGCAAAGGGUAGCUGAAUGGCAGCUACAGAAAGAUCCGUCACGGGUCGGCUCAAAAGAGAAGAGUGUAAGCGCACUAAACAUGAUUCGGCUUUCUCCCGUUGGAAGAUUCUAAUUGGACCUAAUGAUUGGGAGGAUUAUUUACUGGGGAAGGAAGGAGCAGAGAAAUAUAGGACUCAGAACCUGCCAAACUGCACGUCGUGCUCUGGAGUGUAUGAACUGGGAAUAGUUGUGUCACGACAUCAAACUGGGCGAGAGGCUAGCAGAUUUGACACUGAUUAUAUUGUUCCAGCAUAUGUUGGAAAAUCUGACAAUGUUAGGACUAGGCUGCAGCGAUAUGGCCGUGAAGGUGCUCAUUUAGAGAAUGGCUGCUCCAAUAGUGAGCUGCACCUCGCUGAAAAUGUAUCUGGUUCAAAGAGAGCAGGAUUAUUUACAGAAAUAUUCUCAAGAGGCUUCUCUAUUGUUUAUCGGUGGGCACCUAUGAAUGAUAAUAAAAAUGCUGAGAGAACGGAAGCCCAGCUGCUCGACAAAUUUGAUUAUGCUUGGAAUAAAGGCAGUAAUGGUGUACGUCGCCACAAUGAUGUCCUCCACAAGCUUGAUGGCAUUUCAAGAGCAAGUCGCCUUCCUGCUUUCAUCAGGAAGCUUCAAUUGUCCCUUGAGAAACAAAAGGGUGUCAGAAUCAAAGCGUGCGAGCCCUUUUUAUUGGAGAAUGGAUCUGACUUUCAUGAUAGCUUCAAAAGCAGUAACUUCCUUCCCCAAAUUUUCAAAUUUGAGCGAUCACAGCCAAGGAUAGUUUCACUGAGUUUUGGGGUAAAUGAUGAUCCAAAUACUAUUUGUGGUGUGGCUUUAGGUCAUGGAUCUGUUUGUAUAAGGCCUCCAAUGACAGGAAAUAAAAGAUGCGCUGAGCACAAGGGCAUGAAGGUAAACAGUGUAAAUUCAAAGUUGAUUGCAGAAGGAAAUGAGAGCACACGACCUUGCGGAAGUAGAUGUAAGGAAAAUGCUCCAAUUUGUGGUUUUAUCUUGGAUAGUGGUGCUCCUUGUGCAAGAAAACCAUUUCAGAGAAAUAAAAGAUGUCUGGAGCACAAGGGAAGGAGAAAUCGAGGGUUCAUUUCUCAGCCAAUGACAGAUAAAAUUGUCCAGUGGAACCACGAUCCUAUACUGGAAAACAGGACGACUUCUAGUAAUGAUUGUCAGCAGAUAUUAUCUGGUAGAGCGGAUACACGACUCUCUCAAUAUUUCUCCAGUUCUCUAAUCCACCAGAAUGACAAUGUCAAAUGUGGAGUUCAUUUAACUGAUGGUGGUUUAUGCACCAGGCAACCUGCAGUAGGAAGAAAACGGUGUGAAGACCAUAAGGGUAUGAGGGUUAAAGAGCCCAUUUCUAAGAAAUUAGGAGCAGAAAUGCCAAGUGUAUUUGCAGGUCCAGCUUCCAAAAUUAGCAGCGGGAAAAAGCAUUGGGCUAUAGACAUUCCAUCAGUCAACCAUUCUCCAACUUGUGGAGCAACAACGCGUAAUGGUUCUUUUUGCAGAAACAAACCUUCGGAAGGUAAUAAAAGAUGUUGGCAGCACAAAGGCAUGAGGAACUGAAUAAGCACUCCACAACCUGCAUAAUGUAGUUUCAUCUGUCGUGGUGCACCCUUACACAGUGGUUCCUAUUGUAAAAGGUUACCACACCAAAGGAUGCAGUCUAGCAGUCAAUAAAACUUGAAUGAGGGCCAUAGGAUGCCAGGUUUCGAAUCUUAGCAGAGGGAGGAUGCAUGUACCUAACGGCACGAGGCUGUCUUAGACACAACCAUUUGAAGGUAGGAGAAGGUGUUGGCAGCUUGAAGGCUCGAGGGAGGUGUUCAGCUGUUUCAACUGGCGCAGCAUAUUAGCAGGCAUCAUAAUUUGUGAAGACAGCAAAUCUUUAAAUUUGUCAUCCAUGUGUGCUUCAAAUUAAAUUCUGGGAAAUCUUCUGAUUGAUAGUGUGUAUAUUAACAAAGGUAGUUUGUUGUGUGGCUUUACUGUUCUGAAGACAAAUUGGUCCUAUGGUUUGGUUGUUCUUAACAGCUUAGUAGUUGCUGCUCUGGAUUCUUUGAGAUGAAGAAGUCAGGCUGGAUUGAUGUCAAUUUCUGUAAUCUAAUAGGAACUAUACAAUUCGCAGCGCUUCAUUCAGGUUCCUUCUGUAGUUUCUGUAAGCCUGUCUUGAGACAUGAAUAAUUAAGGUUGAAUAUUUAUUAUUUUA